UAGAUCCUAGGAUUGCAAGGCAUCUCGCGAAGUAAGCGAGUCACCUCUGCAAACAGACCUGAACCCUUUCAAAAAUUCUUCUCGUUAGUGAUUACGAGGACACGGGCGUCACCCCGCGUCGUUAUUUUCCUUACUCAUCAGUUUAAGGCAUGAAGGUUUGAACGGGUGCAGAGAGAACUUAUGUUGGGCGACAAGCGUUUCAGUCAUGGUGGGGAUAUCAGAAACUUGUCAUUAAUUCGCAGAUGUGGAUAAGAUCUUGUUUACAAGUAAGGAUUUUUCAUUGCUCUAUUUGCAUGAUUUUUCAUUUUUAUGCGUAUUUCAAGCAAUAAAGUAAGUGAAGUACAACAUUUACUUCUCGCAAUGGAUCAUGGGUAUUUUCUGACUAAAGCCAGUCAGACCUAGCUUUUCGACUACUGUAACUUCAGCCACUAUGUUUAAUUCUGCUUGGACUUCUUAUUGUCAUAAAACAUACAAAACGUACACAUGUCGGCUUAUAUUCACAAGCAACCCAAGAUAUCACAACACUGGCAUCAUCUCAAAACAACCUUUUUGGCUCAUGUCGGCCACCAUGGUAUAGAUUUAUGACAUCACACAUAAACAAUACGCGUGCGCAGCACAUGAAGCAAGCAAGCUGUAAGGAACGAUGGCGGAUCUGUCCCUCGACGAAUUGAUUCGCCGACGAGGUUUCAGCAGCAACAGAGGGCCUGUUAAGAGGCCUAUGUUUGGUAGAGGAGCAGGCUCAGUUGGUAGAACGUUUGACGCACGUCAGAAGAUUGGGGCUGGAGAUGUCAGGCAGAGGCUCGGCAGUAGUGGACAAACGGGUCCAGGAUCCAGUUUUCAGGUGAAAGAUGCCAGGGAGAAGCUAGGCCAAAAGGAUGCCCGCUUCUGGAUAAGAGGGCGAGGGGGAGGUGGUGCAGCCAGUGGCGUGCAAGAUGCACGGCAGAUGAUCAACUCCCGCAAACAGCUAGGACCAAACCCAGUGGGCAACCCUCUUCUUACCCACAAGACCCUUGGAGCGGGGCUGCAGACCACCUUCCAGGUCCAUAACAACAAUGGCGCACCGAGCGCCAGCAUCAGACCGUUCCCAUCUCCCCCUCAAGGACUGGGGCUGGGCGUCAGAGCAGGGCUUUUGCCGCAGCCAGGCGGAGGGAUAAAGAAAGUGGUGGACGCACGGGACAGGUUAAGCCUGAAGAGGAGCAUCACAGGAACGGCUCCUGCCACAAGCACACAGCCACCUAUGAAAAUCACUAAAACCAUUCAGCAAAGGCCAGUAGGAAUGGCAAGUGACUUCCGUGUCAAUGUUCCUUCCAGGGGACCUCAGUCACUCCUAAAUGAUGGCGCUAUCCCUGCAAAACAGAUGAAGAUAACCACUGCUAAUAAUCUGAUACAGCAACGGCCUGGGUCCAUGGGAUCAUCAUUAUCAUCCUCAUCAUCGUCGUUCUUCAGCAGCGCUGCCAUGUCCGCUCCCAUAACCAAAGUGGUGAAGAACGAUGCCUACACUGCGCCACGUCCCCCCGCACCGGCUCCUGCCACACGGCCUGCCGCUGCUGCUGCUGCCUCCACAGUCACAAGGCACGCCCAGCAGGCAGCAGCCCCCAGCGCUCCCCCUGCCCCUCCACAGCCUGUGUUCAGUCCUUUGGAAGGAACCAAGAUCACAGUGAACAAUCUCCACCCCAGAGUCACAGAGGAGGACAUUGUAGAAUUGUUCUGUGUUUGUGGCGCCCUGAAGCGAGCACGACUUGUGAAGCAGGGAGUUGCUGAAGUUGUGUUUGUCAAGAAAGACGAUGCCAUUAGUGCUUACAGGAAGUACAACAACCGCUGCUUGGAUGGCCAACCAAUGAAGUGUAAUCUACAUAUACAGGGAAAUGUCAUCACCUCUGAUCAACCCAUUCUUCUGAGACUGAGUGACACCCCCGGUUCUGGUGGCGGAGGGCGGAAAGACGGACUCCCAGCCAGUCUGAGUCGCCCGGGCGGCCGUCCCGCUUCAUCCCAGCCCGCGGCGGAGGUGGACCCCCAGACCAUCCUCAAGGCCCUCUUCAAGUCCUCUGGCCAAACACCCACCACAGAGCCUGCCAGCUCCCAAGCCACAGCCUUCAGCAUCAAGAUUUAACAAUGAUCCACCCUACACAGACCCAGUUUUUUUGUUCGUUUGUUUGUUUUUUUUUUUGUCCGUGAUUUCGUUCCAAUAGACACAUAAGCCCGUAGGCUGUGCAUCAUGCCGUACAUAUUUAUUUGUACUACCAAAAUAGAAUUUGCUUAAAACACACAUACAUGUAGGGAGUGUUACUUUGGGGGUGGGGGGACUUUCUUUUUUUUUUGACCAUGUCCAGUUGUUCAUCUUUUAAGUCAGCAUGCAAUUCAAGCAGUGUUGCCCAUGGCAGUAGUGUUGAUUGUUAAAUAGCUUGUGUAUUGCAGUGGAUGAGCCAGAAAAAAUGCUGACGUGUAAGUUGUUUGUACAUUAUUUACUUUCAGUUUAAACUGCUGUCUGAGUUGAAGGAAGCAACAUGUUUUAAGGAACCGUGUCUGUCUCAAGGUACAUUUUUAACAUGCCUGUGUUCAGAUAGUUCACAUUGAACGCAACCUUUUUGAAAGAUGAGAUGCUUGUUGCUUGUUUUUGGUUUUGAUCUAUUGACCCCCCUUUUUUAUAUGUUCCAUAAAGAGAUAUUCUGUCAAGUACCAGAAGUAAUGUCAUCCAGAAAAUGUAAAAGAGGACUGAAGCCUUACGUAAAUUAAAUGACUUGUCCACAAGCUGCCGGUUUCCAUCCUUAUGUACAAUGAAAAAAAUGUGUUGUGGAAGUUGUCACUUUGUCAGUAGACUGUUUUGCUAAUGCAAAAAAGUCUAUCUAAAACAAAAUUGUCUGUCAAACUGUAAAUGACUACUAUUUCUACAUUGUUUUAAAAUCUGUCACACAAAGUUGGCGAGAAGAGUCCUGUAAGUGCAUUACCCUCAGUAAAAUACUUUCAUUUAUAUAUA